UUACCGGCAAAUAAACAACCGCGUAACUCCUCCUCCUCCUCCUCCUCCUCCUCUCUCUCUCUCUCUCUCUCUCUCUCUCUCUCUCUCUCUCUCUCUCUUCUGGGAUUGAGUUUUGCCGCGUCACAGAUCAACUACCAGUCAUCAACAACAAGUUUCCAACAAAAGAUUGUUGAGGCAAAUGCCGUGGGCCCAGGAGCACUGAAUAACUUCUCUGGAUUCCUAACCUUUUCUGCCAGCCGACUCUGCGUAACUGUCAUAAAUUUCGUUUGGUGAUUUCCCUUUAAUUACUGGUUGGUGCCCAUUACAACAAAGUAAAUAUUUUCCAUAUUUCUCUCUCUCUCUCUCUCUCUCUCUCUCUCUCUCUCUCUCCAUUUCGAAGAUCGAAAAGAAAGGUUUCUUUUCGUGAGAAUUUUCGUGGGUCUUGUUUCAUCAGCGAUGGCGGAUUUGAGCCGAAGCACAGUCCUUGUUACCGGUGCUGGGGGUAGAACCGGACAAAUUGUUUAUAAGAAGUUGAAGGAGAAGACAGACCAAUAUGUUGCCAAAGGUUUGGUCAGAACCGAGGAGAGCAAGGUGAAAAUUGGUGGAGCAGAAGAUGUUUCCGUUGGCGAUAUAAGGAAUGCAGACAGCAUCGUUCCUGUGAUUGAAGGUGUUGAUUCUCUAAUAAUUCUCACCAGUGCUGUGCCGAAAAUGAAGCCCGGGGCUGAUGUAAUUAAAGGUGAAAGGCCUGAGUUCUAUUUCGAAGAUGGAGCAUAUCCUGAGCAGGUUGACUGGAUUGGGCAGAAGAAUCAAAUAGAUGCCGCUAAAGCUGCAGGAGUGAAGCACAUUGUGCUUGUUGGAUCGAUGGGAGGAACAAAUCCUAAUCACCCCUUAAACAACUUAGGGAAGGGGAAUAUUUUGAUCUGGAAGAGAAAGGCUGAACAGUAUCUGGCUGACUCAGGACUUCCAUACACAAUUAUUAGGGCUGGCGGCUUACAAGACAAAGAAGGGGAUGUUAGAGAAUUACUUGUUGGAAAGGAUGAUGAGCUACUGAAGACAGAUACAAGGAGCAUUACUAGGUCUGAUGUUUCUGAAGUUUGCAUUCAGGCGCUACAGUUUGAGGAGGCCAAAUUUAAGGCAUUUGACCUGGCCUCGAAGCCUGAGGGAGCUGGCACCCCAACAAAGGAUUUCAAGGCCCUGUUUUCCCAGAUCACAACUCGUUUUUGAUGCAUGACAGCUGUAACAGCAGAUUUGGGAAUAUCUCAUCCGAUCUGAGUCUAUUAUUCACGAUUCUGCUAUCCAUUUCUGUAUUGUGAGCUGGGGCCUGGAUAUUAACCUAGAAUAAAUAGAAGUAAGAACAGGAGUAGUGAAUGGGUUCAUAAGAAGCAUAUUUGUUGCUAUGCAACUGCCAAUUGGUACUGCUUAAUUGACUUGCCAUCAGCUACUGAUCGCAUGAAUGUAAACCUAAUGAUGGUAUUAAAAUUUGCUAUACUUCUGUUUA